GUAUAAAUACGCAGACAUUUAGUCUACGUGAUUACAUUUGCUAUAAACAACAAUCUUUUUCAAUAGGAGACAAAGAAUUGAAGAACUUAAAAAGAGAGAGAGAAGACCUCGUGAGCAAAGAUCCCAGCCAGGCCUUUUGUUUACUUUAUCAGGUUGCAAGAGUGGCUAUGUCUGCGAUUUUGGUCUUCUUCGCUAUUUAUUUCGUAUCUGUGCCAAGUGCUAAGCUUAAUAAAAUUGUGCCAGGGACAUGUCCCACUAUCCGCGACCCGUGUUGCGAUGGCAGAUCAUCUGAACCAGACCAUGAAUGUUUAAACGAUUACGAUUGCGAAAGAAUCUACCCUGGACGCGGGCUGAAGUGUUGUAAUGACGGUUGUGAAUAUAUAUGCUUGAAACCCAUUCCCUCAGCUACGCUCCCACCAACACCUUCAGAACCCACUCCCCCAGCUUCCACGCUCCCACCAACACCAGCUGCUUUUACUUAUGUUUGUCCGAUUCCCCCCCCGACCCCCUCGUGGUGUCCUCCCGAGCCAUGGGACGAGUGUCAAACUGACGAGGAUUGUGUUCGUCUUGGGAAAGAUUUGGUUUGCUGUAAGGAGCAUUGUGAUAUGACUUGCGUCCCCUGGAUUCGUAUGCCAAUCACUGAUUCAAGCUCAAAUUCUCCCUGUGCAACCAAAGUAUGCACCAGUCCUCCUCACUCAGUUUGCAAACCUGUAGGGGGGGUACCAAAAUGCGUGUGUCCAUCGUCUUGCCCAUCGUUCCGUGCCGUGAAGUGCGGGUCUGAUGGGGUUCUCUACGACAACCAAUGUAAGAUGGAGCAGGCCGCGUGCGUGAAAAACAUGACCAUCACAGAGACUCCAAGAAAAAGCUGCACCGGUUGAUGUGAAAGUUUUAUUGAGACACACUCUUUAGGGGAAUCACCCGGUCGCCGGUCUUUAUCGGAAAACGCGAAAAAUAUUUCAAAAUUGUGAAAGAAGUGUGUCUUUUGAAAGUUGCAUGUGAAUGAUAAUUGAGAUAGCCUGUUAGAUAGUGCAGAUUCUAAUAGAUUCUUUUGACUUUUAUCGGUGGAGGUUUCCGUCGGCCUGACGGAAGUAAACUGUGUGAUUGUACUUGCUAUAAAUUUGAAUCUGAUUUCUUUAACGAAGUUGUAGCGUAAAUGUUUAAAUACUUAGUCUAUGUAAUGUGUGUGAAUAUAAUGAAAACCUUGUCUAACUGA